UGGAUUUUGAGCUCAUAAUAACGACCCUUCAACAUUCAAAUGAACUCGCCUCAACGAGAAACUACGCUGAAAUUAUGGCGUCCACGAGGACGUCGUUUCUCUCUCCUACUCAGAGAUACGCUGCCGGAUCUUUGUUCGCAAUGGCUCUUCACCAAGCCCAAAUCCAUCAAACUCGACCUCUAAGCUUUUCUCUGGAAGAAGACCCAACUGAAGGGAAGCGAAUCAGUAAUGGUAGUAGCAGUAGGGCCUCAGUAUCCGAGGAUCCUGACCUCUGGGUCCACGAGAAUUCGGCAUUGCUCCGCCCCGUUUUCAGAUUUCUAGAGGUUGACUCUAAAGCGUGGUCCGGGCUCGAGGGGACUGCUGGCGCUUCCCUAGCUAAGCAUCAUGUUGGAGCAUACUUGAGGUUACUCUCUGAAGACGGUGAUAAUGCUUCUUCUCAAAGUUCAGAUCAGGAACUUGCUUUGUCCAAAGCUGUUGAUGCUAUUGCUCAAAGCAUGGAACCAGAUGCUGCUUCUUUCAAGUACAAGAAGGAGAAGCAUCAGGAGUAUGAACAUGAAUGUCGUGAAAAAUUAUCUGCCGGUGAGGUGCAAUCACAUGCUGAAGCAGUGAAGGUGGCACUAGAAAAUGCAGAGGAGAGGGAUAGUAAUUUGGUUAGUGUUAGUGAUGCGAUUCAUGGCUCUGCCAGUGGGGUUGAUGAGAAACCCAUUGAAGAGGAAAAAAUGCUUAGUUAUCAUCGGAAAAUAACAGUUUUAUAUGAGCUUCUUUCAGCUUGUCUGGCAGAUAAACGUGGAGAUAACAAAAAUUGCACCAGAAGAAGGAAGGGCUAUGAUGCUCGACAUCGUGUGGCUUUGAGGUUGCUAGCAACUUGGCUUGAUAUCAAGUGGAUAAAAAUGGAAGCAAUUGAGACAACAGUUGCUUGGUCUGCAAUGGCUACAGCAAAGGAGGAAGCAGCAAAGGAAGAAGCAAGUCAAUCAACUGAAAGCAAGUGGGCUAAAUGGAGGCGUGGUGGUAUCAUUGGUGCAGCUGCAAUAACUGGAGGAACAUUGAUGGCUAUUACUGGAGGGUUAGCUGCCCCAGCAAUUGCUGCUGGAUUUAGUGCUCUGGCUCCCACAUUGGGAACACUUAUCCCCGUGAUUGGGGCAAGUGGGUUUGCAGCUGCUGCUACUGCUGCAGGGACAGUUGCUGGUUCUGUUGCAGUUGCUGCAUCAUUUGGAGCUGCUGGAGCUGGACUUGCAGGGGCAAAAAUGGCUAGGAGAACUGGAAGUGUUGAUGAAUUUGAAUUCAAAGCUAUUGGCGAAAACCAAAAAUAUGGUCGACUAGCUGUUGAAAUCUUGAUCUCAGGGUUUGUAUUUAAUGAGGAAGAUUUUAUAAGGCCUUGGGAAGGACAAAACGACAACUUAGAGAGGUAUUCGCUGCAGUGGGAAUCGAAGAAUCUUAUUGCAGUGAGUACAUCGAUUCAAGACUGGCUCACUUCAAGAAUUGCAUUGGAGAUAAUGAGGCAAGGUGCAAUGAUGACAGUGUUAAGCACUCUUUUGGCAGCAUUGGCCUGGCCAGCAGCAUUGCUUGCAGCUACUAAUUUCAUAGAUAGCAAAUGGACAAUAGCUAUUGACAGAUCAGACAAAGCUGGGAAAUUGCUAGCUGAAGUGUUGUUGAAAGGAUUGCAAGGGAACAGGCCUGUGACACUUGUGGGUUAUUCGCUUGGAGCUCGAGUGGUUUUUAAGUGUCUUGAGACUUUGGCUGAAACUGAACAUCAUGCUGAAGUUAUAGAAAGAGUUGUUCUUCUUGGAGCACCCAUUGCCAUUAAGGACGAGAAGUGGGAAGCUGCGAGAAAGCCUCAGUUAGCUUCCAGUGUUUUCCAGAUGGUGGCUGGGAGAUUUGUGAAUGCAUACUCCACAAAUGAUUGGAUACUUGGACUUGCUUUUCGUGCAAGUCUACUUACUCAAGGAUUAGCUGGAAUUCAGCCAAUUGCUGUUCCUGGGAUCGAGAAUGUUGAUGUUACUGAUAUCAUUGAAGGCCACUCUUCCUAUCUAUGGGCCACACAGCAAAUAUUGGAGCAGCUUGAAUUGGAUGCAUAUUAUCCUGUUUUCGGAAGCAUCAUUCACCAUGAAUAGAUGUUCUUUUUUCGGGCAAAUCUAGAUUUUAACUAGACUUCGAAAUUCCAACACUUGGUGGAACCCUUGGAUUGAGAAUGCUUUAAAUGUUUGCAUCUCAUUGUGGAGAAAGUGGUGACUCCGGUUGAUGAGCUAAAAAGGUAGCUUAGCAGUGCUUCGGAUAAAGAGUGAAAUUUUCUUUCACUUUACUGCUUUUGUUGUACAUAUUAGAAAUGAACAGAUGCCUGUUCUUUGGUUGAUAUAAAUAUUUGGAUAUAAUAUGUACAUCUUUUUCUUA